GUUCAGUUCGGUUUUACCGAAUGAACACCCCUAUUUAGAAGUAGUAAGCUGAGGGUAGUGAAACUUUCACGGUUUUGGUCCAAUUUCCAUUUUUUCCUUUUCUAUCUUGGUGGUAGGCCCUGGGGAGCGCCUCCAACAACAAUAUAGUCAAGGGUAAAAUGUAAAUUAUUAUUACCCCAAAUCAAAACGGCCAUACAAAUAAACAGUCAAAACAAUCAUCAAAGUGGUCAAACACAACAACUAGUAAUCCCCGUCCGGGCUCUUGUGGACCUUCCAGUACCCCGCAUCACCCAGCAGUAGUAUGCUAGACCAAACCAGAGCAUGGAGGGAGUAUAUGUUAGUGGCAUCACAAGCCAAGCACAUAUACUCCCUCUCCAAGGACUCAAUCUCACGAACACGUGAUCCAUCAACUACAUCCAAGGUACUUCAAAGAUGAAUCCAAAAUGUGUGUCAUCCAUCAAAUCCAUCCAAGGCAGGUGCUCAGUUAUUUUUGCCAUAGAUUCAACCAGUAAGCCAAGGGCCCAUCCCCGAAUGCUAGAAGUUGUCCACCAUCGUCACGAAGGGCAAAGUCCAAAGUGACCCCACUCUGCCAUACAGACCCCUCCCCUAGGUCUACGCCAGAGUGCCCCCCAGGUAUUUGGAAAGCAUCCCCCCAACAGACGAAGUAGAAGUUCACUAGUAGUCUCAUAAGCCUUCAUCUAGUAUUGCCCUCGGUUGAGUUCAGAAACAACACGUAGAUAGGCAAGACCCAGCGAAAACAACCUCCUCCACUCAAGAAAAAGCCCAGUUAGCUAGAAGAUCCACAUCAUAGCUAAGAUAGCCUAAAGUCUUCCAAAAAACCCAACCGAAACGGUCAGGAAGAAACUAAGGGCGGCCUGCCAGGAGGACCAAACUGGCAAAAGUAAACAUCAGACCCAUCUCAAAAUGAAUUAGGAUUCCACAGAACUGAGGCCAAUCCAAGUGUAAAGACAGCCAUGGUUCCACACUCCUUCCCACAAACACAAGUUCAAAACGCCAAAAGACAUCCACAAAGAGCAAUUCAAUGGUUCCAUGGGUUCAAAUACCUGUCCACAUCAAAUGGCAGGCUAGAGGUACCUCAUUCAAGUACAACAGCUCAACAAACGAGGCAAAAGCUGCCCUAGGACCAGCCUCAAUCUUCGAGAACCACCAAGGUUCCUCAAAGGCAGUGGCAUUCCAUCAAAUGCAGUCCAGUAGCAAGUCCAGCCCCAAACCAGCGUUCUUUCAGCCCAUAGGAGACCACAAAGCAGCUCUAUCCCUUUCAAAUCCUUUCCAAUUUCCACACACUAAUUCAAGGCACACAAACAAGCAUCAAACAUCCAACGGCAAAGUCAAUCUGCCAUCAACUUUGUGCACCCAAGGCAGCCCCUGGUUUUAAGCUACCAAGAGCAGUGGCAAACCAGCUGCAAACCAGUGGCAAACCAUGUUCCCAGCCCUCAAACUCCAGUGGCAAACCAGCUGCAGAUUCCAAUUAGGACCAAAGUACAAACAAGCAUUUGAAGUAGCCAAAAAGAAACAGGUGAAAGGAACAAGGACAGUGGUAGACCAAACCACGUCAAACAGCCAUGAUCCCCAGGGAUUCAACAUGAACAAAAGUCACGGUCUCACCCAAAGAAAUGGCCACAACACAGCAAACAACAAAAGUCACCCGGUGCGAGGGGAAAGGUUGGUCUGCCAGCAACCUAUGCAUGCCAUCCCAUCCCUCAAUAAAAUUGAGUUCAGCGAACAAACAGCUCAAAAGGAGUGCUAUUCGAAAAUGGCAGCAUUGGAAAUCAUGAUUUGCCAACAGUGACUUAGGGUGGCUGUCCAACGAAGUAGGCAAGCCAAGCCAAUUGAAACCACUGCCCAGACCUAGAAAACAGAAAAUCAGCGUCUAAACACAACUGCCAAACUGGUUCAAGCCACAGAGAAACCAUUCCAGGUUGCUGGUUGCAUCCUAUUCCUCUAAACAAUACCAAAACAGCUCCAUGAACAACCAGAGAACCUGGGCAGUCCAAGCAAGAGUAGUGCAGGCAAAGUAAUGAAGAACGAGGUUACAAGGCACAAACAUGAUGCACAGUCAGUUCAUGGCUCAAAUAGGUGCACAUUCAAUCAGUUUAAUCCAGAAAUGGCAAGCAAAACCAGCACAAGGAAGCCAAGACCAGUACAGCAAACCUUCCAGGAUAAACCAAGAACAUGAACAGUAACUCGAGCAACCAAAAAUCAAGGAAACCAAUUCAUGUUGUGUGAAUCCAAAAUCCAAGAAUACACAUUGAAAGGCCCCUGAAAACCGAACACAAAGCCAAAAAAUUGGGGGUAGAAACAGGCAGCAACCGGGUAAAACCUGGAGUUCAAACUCGAACUGUGAACAGUACCAGCGAAUCCAAAUAAUGCUCAAAUCGAAGGGGUUUUCAAUUGGAUUGGGAAUCCAACAUCAGGCCUUGAUUAAGCAUCCCAAGUCGCUCCUAAACCCCAAAAAAUUAGCCAUCAAUCGAGCUGGAAACGGGGCCAAUUGAAGAAUUUGUGUUCGUCGAUGAACAGUAACUCCGCAAUUUUGACCUGCGAUUUUGCCAUUUUCCAGCAGCGAAAUCACCCAACCAAGCCUAGGAAGUGAUUGCUAUGCCUCAAACGAUUCAAGAGCUCAAAGAAUCAUGCCAAAAACAUCAAAAAAUGGGCUGGAAUCGGAAGUCUCAAAAGGGAUGAACAAAACCCGCGAGAACUGCCCAGCGCUAGAGAGAGAAACACGUCCCAAGCCAUAUCAACAAUAAAGUCAUUUGGAGGGU